GAUGAUGAAACUCAAAAAAGGGCAAAAAGUGAAUUAGCACAUCAAUUUCAAGAGCUAAUUGCUUCAGAUUUAGAAAAAGCAAUACCAACAUCUAAUUCAUCAAAUAUUCCAAAUAAUAAUUUACGCCGUAGUCAUUUUCACUCAUCAAUAUUUGGGGCAUCUGCUACAUUUAACACCACUUCUAAUCCUUUAUUUGAAUUAGAAUGCUAUCUGGAUCCAGUACAAACUCCUAUCGCUGAAGAUACUGUGAACCCAUUCGA